UUAGAUUGUUCAAUAUCUUUAAAAAAUUAAAGUUUAAUUAGUUAGUGUUUAAAAAACUAAUUAGUGUUUAACAUGAAUGAUCUUUUGAAGGAGUUCACAAGAAAUCUUAAUUAUUUUCUAAUUGGGCGCGACGGAGAUGAAAAAGUAACGUUAAUUAAAAAACAUUCUAGUAACCUGCAGGCAAUCGGCGAAUUUAGUUUUCCUAACACUAUAACAGCUUGGCACGAAUAUGUGAAUGAAAAAGCGGACUUAAAUAACAGCAAUUUUCUCACAUAUGUUAAGAAAGAUGCCGUCGAUAUCAUCAACGCAUCAAAGAAAUGGAAAUUAUCUGUCAAAAACGUAAAGUUUAUCAAUGAUCGUGUCCAUUUGUUUGUCGACCGACGUAUUGCUAUAAGAGUAUGCUUAGAAUGUUGUUUAGAAAACAAUAAUUGGAUUAUUCAGAAAUUAAAUGAUAAACAAAAUGUUGCGUGCAUCGAUCCGUCGUGUGAUGGAGCCGGUAUAACUUCACUGCGUGUCAAAAGUUUAGUGCAAGCAAUAAAUAAUCUUGUUGCCAUAAACUCAAGCAAUUUGUCUGAAACUACAAGAGUAGUUGUCACCUCAAAGUCAUCAAACAGCUGCGGUUCAGGGGAAUACUUGCUGUGUGGAGCUGUACUCAAUGCUAAAACUAAUGUCAAGGAAAAUGCUUUAAGUGGAGAUGAUUUUAUCAAAUUACGUCAGAAUGAGUUGAUGCUGAUCGCGCAGCACAAAUAUGGUAUGAGAGCAGGCACUGAAGACAAGUGGCGGGAGUUCAUAGCGCACCUCGGACAGUCUGCCGUCACAUUUGAAUUACUACAGACUCAGCCCAGCUCCGCUGUCAAAAUAAACUUUGAUGUGUCCACUGGAUGUAGCAAAGGUGCCGCAUUUAUCCUAUACAAUUGUGCCAGAUUGGAAACUAUCAUACGGACAUUCAAUGAGAAGGUUGUUGAUGGCACGUAUCCGCCACUACCUCAAAUCACAAACACUGAUUUCUCUUUGUUAACUCAAGAGGAGGAGUGGGCGCUAGUGCUGACAUAUGCGGCGGGCGCCGCGGGCGCGCUGGCUGGCUGCGGGACAGGGCCGCACCGCCUGUGCGCCUUCCUGAGCGCCAUGGCCCGCCUGCUCAGUCAGUACUACAGGAAAACUAGGAUAUUGACGGAGCCGCGCUCACAUCUGCUGCCCGUCAUGUUUGCUCGAAUCCAUAUGCUGAAAGUUCUUAACGAAACUUUAAAGACUUGUUUACGAAUAUUAAACAUUAAAAGCGUUUCGCAAAUGUACCACUCAUUUUUAUUGUUAUCCUUUUACAUCAUAGUCACAUUAACACUUAAAUGACGAAUACAUUCCGACCCAGUUGCGUUAUCAGUGCAGCGGAGUUGCAGGGAAACGUCGAACGCAAUGUUGACAUUGAAUCGCCGUCGACUUAAACUUUCCCCUCCGCCCGCCGUCGCCGCGCGCAUCACAUCUUUGUGUCUAUACACUAUAUCGUGUUGUGUAAUGCCGUCGCAAAAGGCACGUAUGCAAGAAAAUAAAACUUAUGCGAUGUCUCGCACGUCGCAGGAGCGCUACCGAGCUCAUGGAAAAAAUGUUUUGUUUGGAAACACAAAGUUCACGUGAUUGACCCAGGUAUUUUGUUGUGGGCAUAUUGGCG